UUUCUCCUGUCUGUCAUGGCCUAUGACCGCUACUUAGCCAUAUGCUACUCCUUGAGAUACAGCUCCUUCAUGAACAGUGUCCUCUCUGCUCAGCAGGUGCUCAGCUCCUGGCUGGGAGGCUUUCUGGCCAUAUCACUGCUGUCCUUUCUGACAUCCAGGCAGACAUUCUGUGGGCCAGAUGUCAUCAAUCAUUUCCUCUGUGAUACAGAUUCCUGCCUUGCCCUCUUCUGCAGUGACACGUGGCCCAUGGAGCUAGCAACCUUCCUUGCCUCCAUAAUUGCUCUAGUGGCCUCCUGUGUGAUCACCAUGGACUCCCACAUGUACAUCACCUCUUCCAUGCUGAGAAUCCAGUCAGCCCAUGGCCAGAAAAGGGCCUUUUCCAUUUGCUCUGCCCAUCUCAGUGUUAUCACAAUCUGGUAUGGAUCCACCAUGUUCCUGUAUGUCAAGCCAUCAGCCCAGAACUCCCUGGAUCUGAACAAACUCGUGACUACCUUUCACACAGUUGUAACUCCUUUGUUGAACCCCUAUUUCAUACUCAGGAACAAAGAAGUGAAGCAAGCUCUGGGGUGGGCUUUCCAGAAGAAGUAA